AUGUCCGAGUCGAGAAAUUCGGUUGAAGAUGAUUCCAGACAAUCAGCCUCAACGCCGCUGCGCCGAGAACGAGCUCCCACCAUAACGAUAGACACUUCUGCCGUCACCUCAACAGCGGACCAAAACCCACCUCCUCCCCAGAUUUCGGGACCAUCACAGUCUUUGCACUCGGCUAAUCAUGUUGACCCGACGGGUGAUACUAGCGCUUUACUGAAUGGCAGCGGUGUUUCGCCUACCGACACCCGGUCAGCUCCGUCAGUACGAUCAUAUGCUUCGUCGGAAGGCAGAGAGCACGACAGCAGGCCGACCUCUCCGUCGCCGCACAACGUUUUGUCUCCCAAUUCGAAGAUGACAGAUUCGAUGCUUCACUCCAAUUACCUUUCCGUACCAGGCGCUAGAUCUCGCGGAAAUUCUCUGGAGUCUGAGGACUCAUCUCACUCAAAUGGUGGUGAUUCACGUCAAAAUGGAAACCACGGUUCGCUAUCUGACUCGGCAAAGACUACGAUCGAAAAUUACGAGGAAGCGCUUCAGCCGGAUCCCGGACGGGAAGCGGAAUUCGAGGUGGAAAACAACAGCUUUGCCUUUUCCCCCGGGCAGCUGAACAAAUUGUUGAAUCCCAAGAGCCUUGGCGCUUUCUACGCUCUUGGCGGUAUUGCUGGGCUUGAGAAGGGCCUGCGAACUGAUGUACGCAGUGGUCUCAGCCUUGAUGAAACUGAGCUAGACGGGACUGUGAGCUUUGAAGAUGCCACGGCCCGGAGCAACUCUGUGCCAAAGCCCGCGACUGAUACACCACCUCAAACGCCGCCGGAUCGAGCAAACACCACGCCACACAAACAGGACGAGAAUGCCUACGCCGACCGUAAGCGUGUAUUUGGGCCCAACAAACUUCCAGAGAAGAAAACAAAGAGUAUUCUUGAGCUAGCAUGGCUUGCAUACAACGACAAGGUCCUCAUUCUCUUGACAGUUGCGGCUGUUAUCUCACUCGCGCUAGGUAUCUACCAGUCUGUCACGGCAAAACCCGGCGAGCCGCGGGUUCAGUGGGUUGAGGGAGUGGCCAUCAUUGUAGCUAUCUUGAUUGUUGUGGUGGUUGGUGCAGCCAAUGACUGGCAAAAAGAACGGCAGUUCGUGAAGUUGAACAAGAAGAAAGAGGAUAGAAUGGUCAAGGUAAUCCGUUCCGGAAAGAUGACUGAAAUCUCUGUCCAUGACAUCCUUGUCGGUGAUCUCAUGCAUUUGGAGCCUGGUGACCUUGUCCCAGUUGAUGGAAUCUACAUAUCCGGCCACAAUAUCAAAUGCGAUGAAUCCUCUGCUACUGGUGAAUCCGACGUCCUACGCAAAUCGCCUGCUCAUGAGGUUUAUGGUGCUAUUGAACGACAUGAGAAUCUGGCUAAACAGGACCCGUUUAUUGUAUCUGGUGCCAAAGUAUCGGAAGGCGUCGGAACGUUCCUGGUUACGGCGGUUGGGGUGCAUUCAACAUACGGCAAGACUAUGAUGUCUCUCCAGGAUGAAGGCCAGACAACACCACUACAGACAAAGCUGAACGUCCUUGCAGAGUACAUUGCGAAGCUUGGUCUAGCCGCUGGUUUGCUAUUGUUCGUGGUGCUCUUCAUCAAGUUCCUCGCCCAGCUGAAAGGUCUUGGAAACGCCGAUCAGAAAGGUCAGGCUUUCCUGCAAAUCUUCAUUGUGGCCGUCACAGUCAUUGUUGUUGCGGUUCCUGAGGGUCUGCCUCUUGCUGUGACACUCGCCCUUGCGUUUGCUACAACUAGGAUGCUGAAGGAUAACAACCUGGUCCGUCUGCUAAGAGCCUGCGAAACCAUGGGAAAUGCAACAACAAUUUGCUCAGACAAGACGGGUACACUAACGGAGAACAAAAUGACAGCUGUUGUUGCUACAUUGGGUACCAGCACUAAGUUCGGAGGGAAAUCCCAGGCCUCGUCGCCCGCUCCUGGGAAUGAAGGCCGAGCAGCCGACUCUGAAAACGCACUGUCUCCAUCUGAAUUCGCCAACAGCCUGUCCCCCCCGGCGAAACAGCUGCUUCUAGACUCGAUUGUGCUCAACUCAACUGCAUUCGAAGGAGAACAGGAAGGGACUAUGACUUUUAUUGGCUCGAAAACUGAAACCGCUCUCUUGGGCUUCGCACGAACUUACCUUGGCCUAGGUUCACUCAGCGAGGCUCGGGAUAAUGCGAAUGUAGCUCAAAUGGUGCCAUUCGAUUCUGGCCGCAAAUGCAUGGCAGUCGUGAUUAAGAUGGACAACGGCAAGAAAUACCGGAUGCUCGUCAAAGGUGCAUCGGAGGUCUUGUUGGCUAAGUCGACGAGGAUCGUUCGCGAUCCUACUCAGAAUCUUGAUGAAGGCCCGCUGGAUGAGAAGGAUCGAUCGACCCUUGAUGACACCAUCAACCAUUAUGCCACUCAGUCCUUGCGAACUAUCGGCCUGGUUUACCGUGAUUUCACAGAAUGGCCCCCGCGUGGAGCUCCUACACAGGAAGAAGACCGUUCACUCGCAUCUUUCGACCACAUCUUCAAGGAUAUGAUCUUCUUCGGCGUUUUUGGCAUUCAAGAUCCGCUCCGAGCUGGAGUUACAGAGUCAGUCCACCAAUGCCAACGUGCUGGAGUCUUCGUUCGCAUGGUUACUGGUGACAACAUUGUGACCGCGAAGGCAAUUGCUCAAGAGUGUGGAAUAUUUACGCCUGGAGGUGUAGCAAUCGAAGGGCCUAAGUUCCGAAAACUAAGCAGCCGCCAAAUGACCCAAAUUAUCCCCCGGUUGCAAGUUCUCGCCCGCUCUAGCCCUGAUGACAAGAAGAUUCUGGUUACUCAACUCAAGAAGCUUGGCGAGACAGUUGCUGUUACGGGUGACGGCACAAACGAUGCUCAGGCAUUGAAGACAGCAGAUGUUGGAUUUUCAAUGGGAAUAACAGGUACCGAGGUGGCCAAAGAGGCGUCAGACAUCAUCCUCAUGGAUGAUAACUUUGCUUCUAUUGUCAAGGCUAUGGCUUGGGGUAGAACUGUAAAUGAUGCUGUGAAGAAGUUCCUGCAGUUCCAAAUCACCGUCAACAUCACAGCGGUCCUCCUCACGUUUAUCUCUGCGGUGGCCAGUGGUGAUGAGGAGUCUGUGUUGACAGCAGUGCAGCUUUUGUGGGUCAACCUGAUCAUGGAUACUUUUGCUGCUCUAGCUUUAGCAACCGACCCUCCCUCUCCUUAUGUUCUUAAUCGACGCCCUGAGCCGAAGUCCGCGCCGCUUAUUACCUUGACCAUGUGGAAAAUGAUCAUUGGACAAAGCAUCUACCAACUUGUCGUCACCCUGAUAUUGAACUUUGCUGGAAAGUCGAUCCUGAAGUCUAUCAUUGACUUUUCAGAUGAAGAUGCGGACACCGCUCUUAAGACGGUAGUGUUUAACACGUUUGUCUGGAUGCAAAUCUUCAACCAGUGGAACUCUCGUCGUCUAGACAGUGGCCUGAACAUCUUCGAAGGCAUUUUCCGCAACCGCUGGUUCAUCGGCAUCCAGUUCAUUAUUGUUGGUGGACAGAUUUUGAUCAUCUUCGUUGGCGGACACGCCUUCUCUGUUACUGAUCUCACAGGAGCUCAAUGGGCAGUCUGCCUAAUUCUUGGCGUGAUCUCUCUCCCGGUUGCCGUUAUCAUUCGACUUAUCCCAGAUGAGUUCAUCAGGAAACUUAUUCCCACGUGGAGCCGCAAGAAGGGUCCGGAGCUCAUUAUAUCUGACGAGGACCGGCGGUAUGAGUGGAACCCCGCUCUCGAGGAAAUCCGCCACCAGCUGAAAUUUUUCAAGUCGCUCCGUGGAGGACGGAUGAGGAACUUGGCGCACAAGCUCCAGCAUCCAGAAGAGUUCUUGCCUCGGUCACGCAGUGGCUCAAGGUCCCGAGAGAACUCGGCUCCAGGUACCCCGGUUGCAGAGAGCAGUGAAGGUACUCCGCCGUUCCCUGCAACUCCCGAUUCCCGGUCUCACAGACGCGCCCGUUCCCGCUCGAACUCGGCAUUCGGUCCGGCGGCUGCAAUGGCAGGCAUAGUCGCAGGGAGUAUUGCUGGAUGGUCUCCGAUUGAGAGAACAAACGGAGAGGGAGAGUCAUUCAAAUUCGACUUUAACGGCGGAAAUGUCAGCAGACAACCGGGUAUCGAGAUCCAUCCCGACACCGCUCCUGACGACAACGUCAUCAAUAACUAUCUCUCUACAUCGAACACCCCUCCGAGUCAGAACCCUGACCUGCUUCCUUUCUUCGAGCAUGCACCUCCUGCCCGUGAGCCUUCUAGUCGCAGCAGACGAUCCACAUCUCGUCGGUCUCAAUCUCGGUCUAGCCAGAGCCACAGUCACAGCAACAGUCAGAGUCAAAGUCAGAGCCAGUCUUAA